AUGAAUCUACUUUCAAUCCUGAAUAAUAAUUUGAAUUAUCAGGAUAUGGAUUCGAUUGAGCAGAUGCAAGAGCAAAUGUCUAUUCUGGAAUCGGACAAAAUUCUCGAACAAUGGGAUGUUUUCCUUGAAAAGUACAAGAUUAUCAAAAGUGGAAAGUCCUCUGCGUCUCUCGAUGAAUUGAAAGAAGCGAAAAGGGAGGUGAAGCAUUUGUUGCGAGUUACUAUGCAUGAAUUGGAUAAAACCAAAGGUAAGUUAUAUUUAAAUUCGAUAGACUUAUAUAAUUUUUGUAUUUUCAGAACGAUUGCGAGAUAUACAUAGCAAAAUUGAUGUAACCAGCCAAUCAAUUGAAGUUAUGAUGGAGGAGUCAAGAAAGUUGAUUGCUGGCAAAAACUCGAGGCCCAAAAAAGUCAAGAAAUUAUCACUUUUGUCUGACAAAGAGUUGGGAAAGAUUGUACUUACACUUAAAAGUUUGAACGAAGAGUAG